GUAAACGGAAACAGUGAAAAGUGCUGACAAAAUUUACUUCAAUUCAAUUCUGUUUUCGUGAUGUCUAGGUUAGUGAAGUAAUUAGUGUGCAAUUAUCUAGAAACAAUUUUUGAAACUCAUUAACGUGAAAGCUGGAAAAUUAAUAGUGAAUUAUUAAAGAUGGACAAACCUACUGGGCAUCAACCAAGUAGUGUACCAACCGGUACCAGAAUGACGUCUGAAACCAUACCGUCUUCUGCUGAAGAUAAAUUAGAAAUUAGACAGCCUGCCAAGAUAACGAUGAAUAUUCCUACGUUUAUGAUGCCAAAGAUUGCGAUUGCAACGUCUCCUGUUCGAACACCACAUGUGGACAUGGCUAGACAAAGAUUGGCACAAGAUACGACAGGGACAAUGACUCAUCAUUCUAUCAGUGGUAUAAAUAAUAUUCCAAAGAGUGUAGCCUCCCCAAUAAUCGGUGGACCAUCAAGUGUGCCACCUGUCUCCGCAGGUAUGCCUACACAGGGUACAUUUCAAGCACCGCUUAUUCAGAUGAAAUUGGAUCCUGGAUCAUUUCGUUCGGGGGUGAGAUCACCAUCAUUUAGUGAUCGCCCUUCGGGUAGCCUCUCUGAGCCGCCGUUAGAAAUGAUGAACAGAUCUAUUAGCCAACAACAAUUAAUUCAACAAACACCUUCUUCCUCUUCUGUUAAUGAAUUGCCAGUUUCGCGGUCAUGUCAAGAAGAAACAACUACUCUUAUGACACCGAUAACAAUGUCAUAUAAAGCAACAGCCCCUGCUGGUCCUGCUGUAAGUCUUACUAUAUGCAAACCCAAUGCAGAUGAACCUUCUUCCAAAAACAUAGGCAUUCAGCAGCAUCAUCCUCCUGUAAAGCCAGCAGAGAUGUUCAGUAGCAAUAAUUUAACAAACAAUACCACCAGUGCAAGAUCUGCAAUAAGGCCCCCCACGUCCACAAUAAUAUCUACAUAUAGCAACGUCACAGCAGUAGGUCCAGUUCAACCUACUCUUGUCAGCGUGUCACCACUACUAUUGACCACGCAAACUAUACAACUUGAUACAUCCUUAAAUAAUAACACCAACUCGACUAAAACAUUAGACUAUGCGUCAUCACUGUUAUCAUCAUCAACGUCAAGUCUAGCUACAACUGUGACUGUAGUGACUGUACCUAAUUUCAAACCCCCUGAACAGCAUGCACCACAGACGAAAAUUCCUGUAUCUGCUGCUCUUGUGAGUAAUAAAACUAUUACACCGGAUAAGAAUUUAAGCAAACUCAGGGGUCCGAAAUGUUUUCGGGAGCCGGAAGAGUCAGAGUCAAAGUUACGAAAAGCUUCUCCGAGUCCUCGUCCAUCCGUCCGAGUGUCUGUAGGGCCUUAUCAAGUACCAGUAAACAUAAAGCGCACUAAUAUUACAAGGGAGGACAUCGCCAUGUUGGUUAUGCCAUCAGAGGAUUGGUCAUGCAGUGUCUACCCUGCUCCAAAUUAUAGACAAGAAAAAUUUAUCUAUGUUAUUAGCGAAACAUUUCUAAACUCUGAUCUAGUUGAAAUUGUACGAAAAUCAAUCUCGAUUCUUCCCAAUUGGGGCAUGAAGUUUUCAGUGAUGGCAAAGGAUAUGUCAAGGUUCAAUUUGGGUUUGGAUGUUUCUGACAUUACCGACAUUCAAGCAGUUUUAAACAACUUUGAUGCAUUUCCAGUUUGUAAUGGUAGUGGUGGUGAAGGCAUCCGAGAUUCUAGCAGUCAGUCCGCCGGACUAUCAGAUAUGAUGAAUGUAACUUUAUAUUCUGACAGAAAAUGUCGUAGUAAACAGUGUCCUUUACUGCUUCUUAAUUUCUCAGAUACAAAAUGUACAUCGUGCUUACAGUUAUUUAAAGAUAAUAAAAUCUAGGUAUAAUCUGUCCAUAUAUCAUAUAUCUACAUAUAUUAUUGUAUAGCUAUUUAUACGAGUAGUAAUAAUAAAUUGCUAAAAAUAUAAAUGUACACACAGUG